AUGGAGAUUCAGCUGGAGGAAGGAGAUGAUUGGAGUCUGACGCUUACCCGAUUUAUGGUUGUUGGGAAGAUUAUUGCUAAUCGGGUGUUGAAUCGGCGAGGGGUUGUUAGUAUUUUGAGAGGAAUUUGGUCGGAAGAGGUGGCGCCAUGUAUACGAGAGAUUAAAGAAAAUAUGUACAGUAUUUCUUUCAAGUCUGAGAAAGAAGUGGAGAAAGUUCUGAUGGAUGGGCCAUGGGUUGAAGAUCCGAUUUCCAGAGGGGGUUUGGGAAGGGGUUUCUUGAGAUUACGAGUUGGUUUAGAGGUUUCUAAACCGUUGGUAGAAGGUUUCUGGGUUCCGAGACAGAAUAGAGAAAAGGUUUGGGCAGAAGUGAAAUAUGAGAGACUUGCAGAUUUUUGCUAUACGUGUGGAAGAAUUGGGCAUGUUUCUCGUAAAUGUGGAGAAGAAUCUGAGGCUAUGGAUGAGAAUGGGAAACCUAGAUUUGGUCCUCACAUGAGAGCUGCACCUGCUAGAGAUGUUAGUUGGAAUAGAGGAAAUGUUGGAAGUAGUUCGUAUAAAAUUGGCAGUAGGAGGGAGGCUACUAAGUUUGAUCAAGCAGCAGUGGCCAGAGAGUCUCUGAAUGCUAGUGAAAAUGAGGAUAAUAAGGAAAAUUUGGUGGCAAGAAAUGCUAGAAAGGGGAAGGGUGUUGCACAUGAGGAAGGGUGUUGUCAAUUGAAGCAGAAAAAUAAUGUUAAUAAUGUUGUAUUGACUCAGUUUGCUGGUGCCAAUAUGCAACAAUGGAUGGGACAAUCUCAGGUGAUGGAAAUUCAAAGAAAGGAAGCUUACUGUGGAGGUAUUUCUAUGCAUGCUGUUCUUGAUAAGCAUGAUACAGUUCUUGUUGAUAGAAAUAUACUUGUUGAUAAACCAAUGCUAGAACAUACUGCUACUACACAUUCUUUACCUUUCAAUAUUCCUUUGGAUGUUCAGAGUGAGGCUUUUAAUUUUGACAAUAGACCUCCAGGGAAUAUGAUGUUGGAAGAAGAAUUAAACAGUAGUUUUGCUAACCCUGUUGUGUUGUCUCAAACUCUUGCCUUACACAAUAAUACUGCUGAUGUUCCUCCUGAAUUCUCUCCACCAAAUCAAACUGUUGGCCCUUUGCCCUCUUUAAAUACCAACAAUAAUCUAAACAAUUUACCAUCCAUUUCCAUUCAUCUUGCCAGCCCUGCUUCAGAACAAUCCGUUUUACCUAUUGAUGAACCUGGUGUUCCUGAACUUCCUUAUGAUGAGUCUGGUGUUCAUGGGUUGCUUUAUCAUGAACAUGGUGUUCCUGAGCUACCAUAUGUGGAACCAGGUGAUCCUGAGUUACCAAUUGCUGAAUCUGAUAUUCCAGAGUUAUUUUCUAGAUUUUAUGUGUUUGACAGGAAUCUUAAUUCCUAUGUACCUGUGCAACAAUCUGAGUUUAAUAUUGCUGACAUAGGUGUGAAUAAUGAGGGAAAUGUAGUUGGAAGUAGGUUGGAUGCUUUUAUUCAUUCCAGACGGCAGAUGAGAAUUACCGACAGGGAUAAUGAAGAGGAUCAUAGCUCUGGUUUGAGGAGGCUUGAAUUAAAAAGAGGUUUGGAUGAGGAAGGGGAAGGUUCUACAGCCAUGAAAAGAAUGAGGGUUUCGACACAGAAUGUUUGGAGUACUACUAAUGAUUCCUUGGGGAUAGGUGUUGAGAAUAUUAGUGGAGGAUGUAGUAAGGGGAAGAAGGUUAGCAGGAAAACUUCUGGUGCUAGGAGAGGAAGACCUAGAAGAGUUGUUUGGAGUAGAAAGCAAGUGGAGGAACUGUGUUUAUUUGAAGUUCCUGUUCAGGAGUCAUCUAAGAUUGGGGUUAGAGAAGUUUCUAUUAGCAUGGAUGGUGGUUUUGCUUUUGCUGAAGGUGGUGGUGAUACUGAAGUUGUGAAUCCUGAUGGUAGCAAAUACAGGAUUAGCUGGAUUUAUGGUGCUCCUGUUUUUAAUGAUAGAAAGGUUGUUUGGGAUAGAUUGAAGAGAAAAUCCUUGAGUAUUGAGGGGCCUUGGAUGUGUGUGGGAGAUAUGAAUGAUAUUGUGGCUGAUUCGGAAAAAGAAGGGGGUCCUCCAAAGGAUAGAAGAUAUAUACAGAAUUUUAAAACUAUGAUAGAAUUCUGUCAAUUGAUGGAAGUCCCUACCAAUGGUCAGUCCUUCACUUGGUCUGGAGUGAGAGAUGGCAUGGUGAUAAAAGAAAGAUUGGACAGGUGUCUUGUAAAUUUGGAUUGGUUUGAACUAUCAGAAAGGUCAAAAAAAAAAUUCAAGUAUGAGGCUACCUGGAAUGAAUCUGAAGAUUGCAAACGAAUUAUUAGAGAAGGGUGGGAGCUUGCUGUGGAUGGAAAUCCUACCUACAAAGUUGUUUGCAAAUUAAAAAGGUGUAGAAGUUUGCUGAAGAAUUGGUGUAAAGAAAAAGACAAGCAUAAGAAGUCAAAGGAAAAUUUGAUAAAAGCUAUUGCUGAUAUUAAUGAUAAAGGAGAUUCUCUUGAAGACAGGGACUUGGUGAAAGAUUUGGAAAGUCGACUCAGGAAUAUUUGGCAAGAGGAGGAAACAUAUUGGCACCAGAGGGCUAGAGUCAAUUGGCUCAAAUGUGGAGAUAGUAAUACAAAAUACUUCCAUCAAACUACUUUGAAGAGGAGACAGUUCAAUAAAAUUUUAAAACUGAAAAAAGGAGAUGAAUGGAUAGAAAAGGAAGACGAGAUUAUGGGAGAAUUUCUGAGAUAUUAUGAAGGUUUGUUUACAACUCGUGGUGAUAGAGAUUGGGAUAGGGUGUUGCAAUGUGUUCCCGAAGUGGUUACCAGGGAAAUGAAUGAGAGUUUAUUGGUCAGUAUUACUGAUGAGGAAGUGAAGCAAGCUGUGUUUCAAAUGGGGGAAUUAAAAAGUCUUGGUCCCGAUGGUUUUAAUGGUCAAUUCUUUCAAACACAUUGGGAAGUAGUUCAGGAGGAUAUUUGCAAUAUGGUGAAGAAUUUUUUUAGGAGUGGGAAAAUUCUUAAGGAGAUUAAUUGCACUGAGAUUGUUUUAAUUCCAAAGGUUAAAAGCCCUGAAUCUGUUACUCAAUUCAGGCCUAUUAGCCUUUGUAAUUACAUUUACAAAAUUAUCUCCAAGCUUAUGGUGAAUAGAAUGAAACAGUUUAUGGGGAGUCUUGUUACUGAAGAGCAGAGUGCUUUUGUAGAGGGGAGACAAAUUCAUGACAAUGUUCUGGUGGCUCAAGAAGUCUUUCAUUACUUAAGGGUGAAAAAAAGAGGUGGUAGCUAUGAUGUGGCUAUUAAAAUUGAUAUGAGUAAGGCGUAUGAUAGGGUGGAGUGGGAUUUUCUUUAUGCCCUUCUUUUAAAACUUGGUUUUUUAUCUUGCCCUGAGUUAUCCCAUCUUCUCUUUGCGGAUGACUCUUUAUUUUUCAUGAAGGCUGACCCUGAUAAUUGUGGCAAGCUCUUUGAUAUUUUACAGGAAUAUUCUGCUGCUUCAGGCCAGGAGAUCAAUUUGGAGAAGUCUAAUCUGAUCUUUAGUUCCAAUACCCCACAGGAGCAUGAGUCAGAAAGGAAGAUACAUUGGUGCAGCUGGGAUGCUAUGACAUUGCCUAAAACAGAAGGUGGCAUGGGUUUUAAGGACUUGGAGGUGUUCAAUAGAGCACUCUUGGCUAAGCAAGCAUGGAGGGCAAUGAAUAAUUCAAAUGCUCUUUGGGUUAAGGUUUUGAAAGGUAUUUACUUUCCCAACUCUGAUUUUAUGAAAGCUAAAAAGGGAGCUAGAGCUUCUUGGUCAUGGCAUAGUUUAUUAGAUGGAAGGGAUUUUUUGAAUGAUCAUAUUCAAUGGCAAGUAGGGAAUGGAGCUCAAAUUCAUAUUUGGGAUGAUAAGUGGGUACCUGAUAUCGGGAGAUUGACAGCUUCAGGGAAUUUCUCUUCCCAAAAGCCUGACAAAGUGGCAGAAAUCAUCAAUCAUAAUCAAAGAGUAUGGGAUAUUGAGCCUGUAAAGCAGUGGAUUACUAAGGAUGAACAAGAUGCUAUCUGCAGAAUUCCUCUUGGAGUUUUUGAAAGAGAAGAUAAGAGAGUUUGGCCUCACAAUACUUCAGGUCAGUAUUCUGUAAAGUCUGGCUAUUUCAUCUUAAAAAACAACAUGUCUAGUUCUCAAAAUCCUAAUAGGGCAUCUAGUUCUCAUAAUGUUGAUCAUACUAUCUGGAAAUUUAUUUGGAAGCUUACUUGCCCUAAUAAGAUUAAGACAUUUUUAUGGAGAUGUUGUCGUAAUGCAUUACCUACUGCCAUGGGUUUAUUCAAACGAAACUGUAGAGAUUCAGGUCUCUGUUCUAUUUGUGGACAAGGGGAAGAAACUAUUGAACAUAUUCUUCUUACCUGUGAUUGGACUCGUGGAGUAUGGUUAUGUGUUUGUGGGUUGAUUAUUGAUAUGCAGGGGCUUUCUACUUUUGAUAAAUGGUUGGAUCAGCUUAGGAAAAUGUUAACAGAUUCUGAGGAUGGGGGUAGACAGAUGCUAACUAAGAUUGCUUUUGUAUGCUGGAUCAUUUGGAAAGUUCGAUGUGAGGUAGUAAUUGCUGAGGAAAAACUACAACAUGUUCAAGUAGUUUAUAGGAUUCAGAAAGCCAUUGGUGAUUUUGAGUUAGCCAAUUUUAUUGCUGAUAAGAGGCAAGUGAUAAAAAAUGAUCAGCAGGUUGUACAGAGGUGGAGUAAACCUGAGUUGGGCUGGUUAAAGUAUAAUUGUGAUGGAUCAUUUUGUAAAGAUACAAAGAAUUUUGGAAAUGGUGUGGUAGUUAGAAAUCAUAGUGGGCACAUUCUUGAGGGUAUUGGAAUGACAGUUGACGGGUCUAGUGCUUUAUGUGCUGAAGCUUUAGCACUUAGAGAAGCUGUUCAGCUCGCAGUAAAGUCUGGUGUGCAGAAUGCAGUCUUUGAGAUUGAUUCGGCAGAGCUUUUUACUAAUGUGCAGCAGAGGAUUGUGAGUAAGCAAGAUUGGCAUAUCAGUCAUAUUAUUCAAGAUAUUCAAAGCAUGUUGCCCUGUUUGGAUAAGUCAAUGGUAAGGAAAGUUAGUAGAAGUGCCAAUUUGGCGGCGGACUGGUUUGCUAAACAGUCCAGAAGGAAGAUGAGCUGUUCUGGAUGGCGUCAGUUCCCACCAUCUUCCCUUGUUGGAAUUUGGAAUAAGGAUGGGGUUUCUGCACCUCCUUAG